UCCUAGCGUCUUCAUUGUAGUACGAAUCAUCGGACUGCACGCGUGUCCGUACCAGUAACUUAUGACUAAGUCGUGCCUGUGCUUUGUUUACAUGCUGUGAUUUUCAUCAUGAGCUCGCUCAAGACACUGUCAGUGUUGUUAUUAGUGCAAUUAAUAUGCCAGUGUUCACAGGGGCAGCAGAAGAAAACUUUCUUCCGGAAAGACUACACUUUCAUAGAGGAGUCACAGGCGUUUUAUAAAAUACAUACGAUACACAGGACGUGGUCUGAUGCGAGGAAGAGAUGUGCCAUGGAGGGGGCCAGUUUGUUCUACGCUGAAGAUGAGGUAGAGGCAGAGGCUGUGAUGUGUUUAUGGAAUAGAACACAACCGUUUUCGUGGGUAUAUGUUGGAAUUUCGGAUUUGUUGGCGAAAGGAGUCUGGGAAACAAUUGACGGUCGUCCAAUACUAGACGUGUUCAGCAACUGGGGUCCCGGCGAGCCGAACGACGCAAACAACGUGGAAGACUGCGUGAUCUGGCGGCGGGAAAACACGCUCAACGACGACCGUUGCGACCGGAAAUACCCCUUCAUCUGCAAGAAGAGUCUGCUCGAUCUGGAUUGGAACACGCUUUGUGAUAUGCCUGAUCCCAGUUACCACUACAAUAAGGAUUUCGGCAAAUGUUACAAGUUCCACCUCUCCCCAAUGAACUGGACGGACGCCCACGCCGUGUGCAGCGCAGAACAGUCCUAUUUAGCCGUCAUCAACAGCCAAUCUGAGGCUGACUAUCUGGUCAAGAUCACCGAGGAAGCCCCGAAGAGCAAGGUUAAAGGGAACUUCUUGAGUGGAGCGGUCUAUCUUGGCUUUCACAAUAGGGAAAGUGACGGGUGGAAAACUAUUAAAGGCACCUCGCUAGAAGACAGCGGCUACACGGGCUGGGGCAACCAGCAACCAGACGGCGGCGACAACGAGACCUGCGGCUCCAUGUUCUAUAACGGCCGCCUGAACGACCUCGGAUGCUUUCAACGGUGCUUCUUCAUAUGCGAGCACGAUAUAGGCCUGCUUACUGGCGCUAUAGAGGAGAGGUUUGGGGACUGAGUGGUAGAAUUGGACCAAGUUAACUCUGUAUAGACGUUGCAAU